AGUCUGAAAAGAGAAAUGGCCAGUGACAGGGUCCAUGUUGCUGUACCUGAGCCUCCCAGUCAAAAUGAAGAGGAGAACAAAGAAGAGAAGGCUUUUGGGAAUAUUUUUGCAGAGUUAGAAUCUGUGGACCUGCCUUUGGGAACCACCUUAAGGUCUAUUUACGAUGACCAGCCCAAUGCCCACAAGCGUUUCAUGGAAAAGCUGGAUGCCAGGAUAAGGAACCAUGACCGUGAGAUUGAGAAGAUGUGCAAUUUCCACCACCAGGGCUUCGUGGACGCCAUUACAGAGCUCCUCAAAGUCCGUGCUGAUGCAGAGAAACUGAUGGGUCAAGUGACAGACACUAAUCGAAGACUACAAGAAGCUGGGAGGGAGGUGACAGCUCAGACAGAGGAGGUGAUCCGCUGUCGGAUCCAGCAGAGGAACAUGGCCACCACUGUGGAGAAGCUCCAGCUCUGUAUACCAGUGCUAGAAAUGUACAGCAAACUAAAGGAGCAGCUGGAAUCCAAAAGAUACUACGCUGCGUUGAAAACCAUGGAGCAGCUGGAGAAGGUCUACAUCCCCAGGGUCAGUCAGUACAGGUUCUGUCAGAUCAUGGCUGAAAACCUGCCGAGACUGAGAGAGGAGAUCAAGGAGAUAUCCAUGUCAGACCUCAAGGACUUCCUAGAAAGCAUCAGAAAACACUCUGACAAGGUUGGAGAGACUGCCAUGAGACAGGCACAGCAGCACAGGACCUUUAACAGUGCUGUAGCCAAGCAGGCCUGUAUGGGCCACUACACCAAGCCUGUGUACUCCCUCAAUGGACGAACACACACUCACAAUGGCCUGAUGAUGGACGAUGACACAGGAGAUGAGGAGGAAGGAGAUGAAGAGGUUCUUACAGCUCAGGACCUGGUGGACUUCUCACCUGUCUACAGGUGUUUACACAUUUACACUGUGCUGGGUGACCGAGAAACAUUUGAAAACUACUACAGGAAACAGAGGAAGAAACAGGCCCGCCUAGUACUGCAGCCACAGGCUAACAUGCAUGAGACAGUGGAAGGCUACAGAAGAUACUUCAAUCAGAUUGUAGGGUUCUUUGUCGUUGAGGACCAUAUCCUCCACGCCACGCAAGGGCUGGUGACCAGAGCUUUUACGGAUGAGCUGUGGAACAUGGCCCUGUCCAAGAUCAUAGCUGUGCUCCGCACACACUCUUCAUACUGUGAUGACCCAGACCUGGUGCUGGAGCUAAAGAACCUCAUAGUCAUCUUUGCUGACACACUACAGGGUUAUGGUUUCCCAGUGAACCGGCUUUUUGACCUGCUGUUUGAAGUCAGAGACCAGUACAACGAAACUCUGCUGAAGAAGUGGGCACUGGUUUUCAGGGAGAUCUUUGAGUUGGACAACUAUAGUCCCAUCCCAGUGGAGACAGAGGAGGAGUAUAAACUGGUAGUCAGCCGCUUUCCCUUCCACGAUGCUGAGAUAGAGAAGCAGCAGGACUUUCCGAAGAAGCUGCCAAUGUCCCAGUCUGUCCCUCAGAUCUACACGCAGGUCAAAGAGUUCAUUUACGCCAGCCUCAAGUUCUCAGAGUCACUACACCGCAGUUCAACAGAGAUUGACGACAUGUUGCGAAAAUCAACCAACCUGCUGCUGACAAGAACACUCAGCAGCUGUCUGCAAAACCUCAUCAAGAAACCACACAUAGGACUGACUGAGUUGGUGCAGAUCAUCAUUAACACCACCCACCUGGAGCAGGCCUGCAGGUAUCUGGAGGAGUUUAUAACAAACAUCACCAACGUCUUACCUGAAACCGUACACACCACAAGACUCUAUGGCUUAUCCACAUUCAAGGAUGCUCGGCAUGCUGCAGAGGGAGAGAUUUAUACCAAACUUAACCAAAAGAUCGAUGAGUUUAUCCAGCUGGCAGACUACGAAUGGGGCAUGGCUGAGUCGGACGGUCGUGCCUCUGGAUACCUCAUGGACCUGAUCAACUUCCUGCGUUCCACUUUCCAGGUCUUCACACACCUACCGAAUAACAACAAUGACCAUGCGUCGAUGUCGGGCAAAGUGGCCCAGACAGCUUGUAUGUCAGCCUGCAAACAUCUGUCCACAUCACUGAUGCAGAUGCUACUGGACACAGAACUCAAACAAAUCAGCAUGGGGGCCAUUCAGCAAUUCAACUUAGAUGUCAUUCAAUGUGAAUUGUUUGCCAGUUCAGAGCCGGUCCCUGGCUUUCAAGGAGACACACUCCAGCUGGCGUUCAUUGACCUACGACAGCUCCUGGACCUGUUCAUGGUGUGGGACUGGUCCACUUACCUGGCAGACUAUGGCCAGCCAACUUCCAAAUACCUGAGAGUGAACCCAGCUACUGCCCUGGCUCUACUGGAGAAAAUGAAGGACACCAGUAAGAAGAACAACAUCUUCUCACAGUUCAGGAAGAACGACAGAGACAAACAGAAGCUGAUAGAGACUGUGGUCAAACAGCUGAGGAGCCUGGUCAAUGGCAUGUCCUCAUAAACACACACACACACACACACACACACACAGGAGUGAGUGUCACAAAUAAAUAUAAAGAAUGAAACAUGCAUGAAGUCACAUUGACACACUGAACUGCCAAAACACUUCCUCACAGAGGAAGGAGAUUUACACACAUAGUGAAAACACACAUGACAAUGACAGGCAAAAGAACUGCACAGGGAGUUUAUACACACACACACACACACACACACACACACACACACACACACAAAAGGGACAGAUGGACAGUGUACAUACACACAUCACAUAAAGCCACAGCAAUACACACACUGUACAAGGCAUGCAGGGAACAGACUCUCAGCCAAUAUGACACACACAGACAUGAAGUCAUAUCCUCUCCUUACUGUUAUACCUGACUGAAUACUCAAUGUAAAUAACACACACACACACACACACACACACACACACACACCAAACAGUUUACUGGACUCUACACAGAGUGAAUAGUAAAGUGUUUGUAAAUUAUUUUUAAUGGUGAUAAGACAAACUAUGUUUUGUACAUUGUGUGUGAGAGUGUAAUGAUUGUAGCUGUGGAGGUAGAAUGGUACAGCAGAGGACGUGACACAGGUACUGGGACAAUGAGGUCAAAGGUCAACACUGGGAUAAACUGUUUCACACCAAUUAUGAAACUAGAUAUUAUACUUAUGUUUGAAAUAAUUUGGCCUAUAGUCAAUAUUUUAUUAUUUUGUUAUGUAUGUGCCCUUUUUCUGCCAGAGAAACAAAUAAAUCUACAAAGUUAAUUGUCUCUGCCAUGUUGCAGCUCAGUCUAUUUCUCUUUUUAUUCAAGCUGUGUGAACAGUCAUUCACUGUCUGUGCUGCUGCAUGGAGCACAUCAGUAGGUCUUUGCGUGAAAUUUGUGCUCAUGCUGGAAUGUCCAAGUUGGAAAUAACCAAUACAACAUAUAGCCAGUGCAAAAUUGACACAACAUAACAGAGAAACAUCGGCCACUGAUAUCGGUGGAUGCCAUCCUAUUUGCCAAUAGGCUGUUGUCAGCUAACAAGGCCAAUAUCAGCCGAUAAAUCGGUGGAUCCCUAGUUUCCUGUUGUGUUAUGAGAAAGCCCUAUUAUACAUCCAGCAUGAUAACACCUCUACUGAAAAAUUACAUUAGAGCACUUCUGUUUUCCAUUGGUGAAGGUGGAAUUAUUAUUUAUUAUAUUGUUUAUAUAUAUAUAUAUAUAUAUAUAUAUAUAUAUAUAUAUAUAUAUUGCAUAUUAUUUAUGUAUAUUGCAUUUCAUACUGAAGAAUAACAGUUGUUAAUCUACAGAAACCAAGAUUUUGAUCAUCUAAGUUAUUCUAUUAGAAACUGCUAUUUCUAGAUGAUCAUCUCGUAGAUUUAAUGAUCAUUCACUCUCACUCAAUAACGAACAACCCAGCCAACGUCUCCGCUUUAACCAGCUGUGCAUCCAUUUAGCAUGGCUCUCAUGUUAAAAGCUUCAAAUGAGACAUUUGCAUACACAGGAAGCCAGGUUACUCUGAGAAAUCAGGUAAUCAUAGUAGUAACCUGGUUACUGUCAAAUCUGUGCAGCAAAUCAGGGAUUCAGUUUUCUUUAUUACACCUCACUUUGAAACCUUGGCUGACAUAUUUCAGCUGUAGUAAUGAUGCAAGAUGCUGCUUAUGCACAAUGAGACGACAGGCUCUGUAACGAGGGUUUUUCCUCACCAUGUCUAGCUAGAUAAAUACUGUAUAUUAGUAUAUCAUCUACCCCUAGUACUGAUACCAUUCAAAAGAAAAUUGUGUUUUAUUGCUGUAACCCAGUUUCGUGUUGCCUUUGGAUCUGGGGUCCUGAAGAAGCUCCAUGCUGUCAUGAUAAAAUACUGCAAUGUCAGACUGUAAUUGCUGCCAUCAAAUGAUUCAGUCUCAGAGUUCGACAAAUACAUUUCCGCCAGUUGACCCAUCCUAAAUCCCACCCCUUCUGGAACGUCAGUCAACUUUGUUCUUUCCUGUACUAGAUAUGCUAUGUGCUAGGCUAAUCUAUGUUGAAUAGACAACCACGUUUUAAAGAUAGUUAAAAGAUCAAGUCGACAUAUGUUGUCAAAACACUAGCUAACUAGCUAGCUAAUCAACAUCAUUAGCUCGCUGAUAAGCUCACUGUUUAGCAAUUGAUUUUCAGAUGGAACUAGGUAGCAAAUAUGAAUGUGGAUUAGGUAUAUGUAUAUGUCACUUUUAAUCAUCUUCAAAAUGUGGUUGUCUUUUCCACAUAGACAAGCCUAGCACGGCUCUGGCUCAGAGGUAGAGCGGGUGUGGCUACUUUUUGUAUAGAUGAUUUGGAGUACAACAUUUGCUUUUUUAUUUUUCCAUUUCAAACCCUGACAUCAUGGAUGGUUAGCACUGUUACCUCAUAGCAAGAAGGUUUGGGUUUGAACCUGCAAAGCGGCAGAGACAUUUCUGUGUGGAGUUUGCAUUGUUUCCUCCAGUCCAAAGACAUUUCGGUUAAUUGGUGACUCUUAAGUUACCAGUAGGAUGCACUGCCGACCUGCCCAGGGUGUACCCUGCCUCUCGCCCAGUGUCGCCUGGCAUAGGCACCAUAUAUACAUAAUGAAUGGAUGGACAUUUCAAACCCACCUCCUGACAAGAAUUGGAUUAACCAAUUAUCUUGUCGUCUCUCCUGUGACCUAUGGUUACCCAUAACACCCUUCUCUGUGUAAACCUGCAUUCACAACGUUUACAUGUAUAUUCAGGGAAUUAUAAGCCUAAAUAGUCACUCUGUCACCAAGCUUCCAGCAUCAUCUUCAUCAUUAAAAAAGAUAAACUCAUUGGACUUGUGCCACUUUCUUAAUCUGGUCUCUCUAGCAUCCUGGUUUUAGCUUGAUCCAAGUAACCAUCAUAGAAUAUAGAAUGAUUCUAACAUGAAAGCAUCUCACUGUUACCAUUUGGUUUUCACCAUCUGUCUACUUACACAGAAUUAUGGCUAUGGAAAUGUCACCAUAGAUGGUUACAACAAAGACCAAGUUGAACUCAUUGUCCCAGUACUUCAGCUGUUGUUACUGUGUAUACAUGUGUGCAGGAACAAAGUGAUGCUGAGUUCAUGGAUGGAUGAAGGAAUAGAUUGAAUGGAUGAUGACGUCUUGAAAGACUGAUGUUCAUGAAAAAAGUGAUGUUUUGUUGAACUUGGUGGCUCUGCUUGCUCUUUGUCUUCUUUUCUGCCUCACAUUGUACAUUGAAACGACCCCUGAGACAGGAGCCUAACAGUGACUGAAUAUGGAGAUGUUUCCUGUUUCCUGUCACAGCCAGUGGACAUGAUGAGUCUUAUUUGCAGAGAGUGAUAAUGGGGAGGGUCUUUGACACUCAGAUUGUAGUUAGAAUCUUCACAUGGUCUCUUCACAGGAGUCAAAAAUUAGGGUAAAAAUCUAAAAAGUGGCUUACUUGGUCCAUGUUGUAAGCAUACACAGAUUGGACAAUUUUACCAAAUAAUGCAAUCUUUUACAAAACACAGUGUCAUUGCAGGGUUGUAUUAGAUUGUCCAGGAAUUGAUGAAGAUUUUGGGUUGGAGUGUCAUAGUGACCACUGCAUGAAGCAAUCAUAUUGCAGGGUUUGCAUGUGAUGUCACCAUAUGAGAAAUUUGCCAUGGUCACAGGAAACUGACACCCGGUAUUAACAUGCAGUCUGUAUCUGGAUGUGUUAGGUGUAAAUGCUUGGAAUUAGAUUGGAUCAGCCAGACCACCUGAGGAGCUGUACUGUACUGAUCCCCGCCAGGUGUAAAUGAAGUCUGUACAGUUUGGAAACAUUUUUAAGAAAUAAAAUAUACUAAACAAGUUGGAAGGCCAAAAAGCUACAGAUUAGUCCUUCCUCUGCAAAGGAAGCACAUGCAACAGCAUCACUGCAGGAAUUACAUAACUGAUGGGGUUAGCCAAGCUAGCACUGGUGCUAGCAAGCUUCUCCAAUACUUUUUUUUGUUCUUGUGACAUCAGUUUCAACAUGUAGUCUGCCAGGGUCCAGCUUAGGCUUGUGCCGACUGGCAAACACAUCCUACAUUGACGAUUAAUUGGUUGAUUGAUUAGUUUAGUUGUUAGUUUGUUUUUUCCUGCACCAAUAUUAAGACAAUGGUAACCUACCAUUCAAACUAAGAUGUUAUAAAACAAUCUCAAGUUGUUCUGAUCAGAUAUCAUUAUCCAGAUACAGAUAUGUUAAUACCAGGGGGAGAUGGGGUCUGUCCUGGCACAUUUCAACACCUGCAGACCAACUGUCACAUCGUGCACAUCAAUCUGAUGACCUUAACCUAGGCUUUUACAGUUGCCUCUGUUUUCCACAACGGAGUUUGUCCACAGUGGCGGUGAGGGUGGUCAGGUGGUCUCAUAUAAAAUUUGACAUCAGUGCAUGCCCUCUUCCUCCCUCUGUAAAUCCCAUCAGUUGUGGGGUUAAGGACAUUAUUUAUGUAACGUUAACUACAGUUCUGUCUUACAACCCACUCAAACUACUUGAUUCAUGCCUGCAAGAAAACAAGCCCCCUUGGGGAAUUGUCAUGUUAUUAGUGAUGAUAUAUACAUAUAUAUUUAACAGUUCAGUAACUUGCAAUUCUUUCUUUUUGUUCCUCAGGGUGAAAUUAAGCUUUAGAAUCUUAUAACCCACAUAAAUCCACAAAGCACAGCAAUAAUGAAUUGGUUCCUUUACAGCCUCGCAGGCAGGUUGUUGCUUACCUAAAACCUGCAUACGACUCCUGAUGACAAACAUUUUAUAAUGAGACUGUUUCUAUUCUGUUUAUGUUUUGGGUCUGUGCUCCACUUUCAGCAGACAUUUUUGCACUGAAAGAGUUUUCCUUUUUAGAAUUUUUUUUAAAAAUUGCUUGUAAAUGCCACUGUAUAUACUGCAUAUUUUGUAAUGAAAAUAUUCAGCAGUUUGUCUGCUACAAACAGACUGGAGGUUGACACUGUGAUAGGCACCUCCAUCAACAGCUAAAGUAAAUAAGUAAUUAAUAAGAAUUUGACUUUGCGUUUCUUGCUUACUUGGUGAACACAGUUGACUGCAGUGUGAGGAGCUCAGUGAUUUACAUUGGUACCUUCUCUCUACUCAUUUGCAUGGUUAAGAUAUUAACAUGACAUAUUAUGUUCUCGCAUAGACCCUGUAUAACAUUCCAAUAUGAAGUAUGUAAAUACUGGUCCUAAAGAUUUAAACUGUUCACAGACACUAUCCAAAAUAUAAGACGGUUCCAAAUUAAGUUUUCAUCUCCUGGUUUGGAGGGCCUCCCCCAGCUCUCCCUCUCCUGCCAUGCAUCAAUCAGAUAAUGUCAAAUAAUAGCAUAGCAUAAUGUACAUUUCCACAUUUCCAUCAGUACAUUGCUUCCAUAGCUACUGUCAAUGUAACUCAAGUCUUCCUGUUAGGUAAGCAGGAGAAUGUGAGGAAGUGUGCCCUCUCAUGCUCUAAGCGGGUGGAAGACAUUUAUUGUGAAACCUCUUUGCAGGAAGUGUUAUUGACAGUGGUAGAGGAGCCAUUUGAAAAAAAUCAGUGUGCGGAAACAGUAUGUCUGUACAAAAGAGAAACAGCACAAUCAUGAGUAUGUAUUGUUGGAAUUGAAAUGUAUAUUAUACUGAAUUUAUCAAGACAGCAAGUAAACAUGGAGAGAAUGUUGAGAAAAGCAAAUCAGAACAAGAUUGAAAAACAGUUUGGCUUUUAACUCCUAUAAAACACAAUUCUGUCUCCUAGAAAUUAAGUUGACAUUAUAAACUGCUAAAAGUGCAGAGCUGUGACACUAGAGAUCAGGGUUGACAUCUGAGUCCUGUGUGUGUGUGCUUAGGUUAGGCGUAUUAAUAAGGAUGUCCUGUGAGAGCUGAAACACAACCAUUAAAAGGGUGCUAGGACCCUAAGUAAUGGAGCCAAUGGGGCCUUGCUCGGGCCACACCCGUCUUCGAAUUCAGCCUUCAUUUUGAUCUCAGCUCGCAUUGUGACUGUAUCUUUCCGGUUGUGACACUAUCGCUUUGGCAGUAUCUUUCCAAAGAUAAACAGACAGACAGACAUAUAAACCUGAUAAAAUGAUCAAAACCACUUCUGUGGUAGUUCCUGCCACAGUAGUGGUCUCCAGGGUAACAUUUGAUGACACACAGACUCAAGGUGGAAGCAUACCAGUCCUGCUGUUGCAGCUGGUAAAUAAGCUUAGGAAACAAGGGAAUUAGGAAUAAAGUCCUGGCUCACUCAUGGUAAACUUUUUAUAGUUGUCAAAUUGACAUUGUUGUAUGUCCAUUAAUAUAAUGUGUCACAUAAUUUCAUGUGAGACAAGAAAAGAUGUGAAUGUAGUAGAUUCAGGAACACAAGUAAUGCAAAACUCAAGUACAAAAUUCACCAGUCUUUGGUGUUUUGAUUUCGCAGCAUACAAACGCUGCUUUGUAAGGCAAUGAUGAGUGCAAUUGUUAUUGUAACAGAAAAACAUGUAUUGUUGUUCUUGCCUUCCACAGAGGUGGAGAGAGGGUACAUUUUGAUAUCCAAAGGAAUCCUUGCUUUGCCUUUGUCAUUGUUCUCAGUAAGACACCCUGACUGAGAUGUUGUUUUCCUAAAUUUGUUGUUUUUAUUUUGUGUGCUGUAAUAAAAGUUUAUUCAACAGUAA